AUGGGUGCAGAGAAGAAGGGUGAUGCCCCGCUGGUAGCUGUGGUGAUUGAGGAAUGUGGUGGCUUUAGUGCCUCCUGGUUCUGGGGGGUUCUCUCCAUGAAAGAGGGAGGCGGGGCGGAGGCGCCGCGGUGGCUGUUAUCGUUCAACUGGGCUCCGCUGGGCGCCGUCUCCCUUGCCUCCGACUGUGUCGAUUUCUCCCGCUUCCUCUCGGCCCCUCAUUCCCGGCGGCUGACGACGACGGCGGCGGCUGCGGCGGGCGGAGCCUGGCGUUUCGAGGCCGAGCGGCGCCGGGCCGCGGCCGUGGCGUACGCCUGUCUCUUCAAGUACAUUAUCAUCGGCGACACAGGUGUUGGUAAAUCAUGCUUAUUGCUACAGUUUACAGAUAAGAGGUUUCAGCCAGUGCAUGACGUUACUGUUGGUGUCGAGUUCGGUGCUCGAAUGAUAACUAUGGAUGGGAAACAGAUAAAACUUCAGAUUUGGGAUACAGCAGGUCAGGAGUCCUUUCGUUCCAUCACGAGGUCGUAUUACAGAGGUGCAGCAGGGGCUUUACUAGUGUGUGAUAUUACAAGGAGAGACACAUUCAACCACUUGACAGCCUGGUUAGAAUAUGCCCGCCAGCAUUCCAAUUCCAACAUGGUCAUUAUGCUUAUUGGAAAUAAAAGUGAUUUAGAAUUUAGAAGAGAAGUAAAAAAAGAAGAAGGUGACGCUUUUGCACGAGAAUAUGGACUUAUCUUCAUGGAAACCUCUGCUAAGACUGCUUCUAAUGUAGAAGAGGCAUUUAUUAAUACAGCAAAAGAAAUUUAUGAAAAAAUCCAAGAAGGAGUCUUUGACAUUAAUAAUGAGGCAAAUGGCAUUAAAAUUGGCCCUCAGCAUGCUGCUACUAAUGCCACGCACGCAGGCAGUCGGGGAGGACAGCAGGCCGGGGAAAGCUGCUGUUGA